AUGGUCAACGGAAAAGCCCUCUCCUUCGACGAUAUAAUCAAGGCUGAUCGUCAGAAGAAGAAGCAAGAGGACCUCGCAAAUCAGCUCCUAGGAAAGAAUCGCAGAUCUAGCACGCCUGGUUCAGGCUCAGGCGCCAACAAGAAAGGAGCCAGAACCCCAGCAGCUAAGCCUGGGAGCCUAGCAAGCAGGAUCGGAGUGGCUAAGCGCUCAUCCUCUGCCACCGGAAAGCCUGCCAACACCCCAUCUCCAUUAAACGGUCGAUCGCGCGGCAACAAUGGACGAAAAGAUCGCGUCAGUGCAGAGCAGGUCUGGAAAGCAUUUGAUUCAGAUGGUGGAAAUGUGAACCCCCAGCCUCGCAACAACCGCAACAACCUGUCCAUCAAGGGCGCUUCGGGUCCGUUUGUGGUGAUCGCCCGAAACUUUGCGCCCGGGACCACGGCCGCUGAUAUCCAGGCUGCCCUCGAACCCUCUACGGGACAAAUGCUCAGCUGUCGAAUCAUCGCAAGUAGCCCAAGUGUGGUUGCGGAACUUGCAUACUCGGAUAAGCCAGCUGCUGAGUUGGUCAUUGCCAAUUUCCACAACCAGCGCGCGGAUGGAAGACUGCUUAGUUUCACCUUCAAGUCGGCCAAGGCCAACACCCCUGCAACUAGCCACGGCAACAACAAUAAUCACUUCACUGCGCUCCGGGAACAAGCUGAUCGGGAUCGAGUCCAGGCUCGUCGCGGUCCGGGCCCAAAAAAUGAUCUGAUGGCACCGCAAGAAGACACCCGACCUAGUCUGUACAGCGACGAGAUGAUGGUGGACGCACCGGCGGAGAAUGCACAGAGGAAGAACAACCAACGCAGAUGGCGUCGUUGA